AUGGCGAGCAAGAGGCUCCUAGAAAGCGACAGCGACUCAUCAGAGUCCGAAGGCGGCGCUGAGAUCAAGGUCAACCAGGACUAUGCUAAAAAGUUUGAGUACAACAAGAAGCGAGAAGAAAAGGCUCGCCUGGAGGACAAGUUUGGCAAAAGCACUGGCAAGCGAAAGAGAGACUCCGAGUCUGCAGAGUCGUCAUCAGAGGAGUCAAGUUCGGAAGAUGAAGAUGAGGGCGAACUUGCGACAGCGGCCAAGGACGCCGAAAUCAUGGCUACUAUCAAGGCCAUCCGUUCCAAAGAUCCCAGGAUCUACGACAGCAAGGCCACCUUCUACUCGCAAACGGACGACGCCGAACAGAAUGGAGACAUAAAGGCGAAGAAAGAGAAGCCAUUGCAUCUGCGAGACUAUCACCGGCAGAACCUGCUGAAUGGUCCUUCACAUGCCGAGGAACAAGUUGACGCAGUCAUGACCUACGACCAAGAGCAGGAGAACUUGAAGCAGUCUGUGAUUUCAGAAAUGCAUGCCGCUGCAGAAGACUCAGAUGUAUCAGAAGAUGGCUUUCUGACAGCCAAGGACAAGCCCAAGCGUGUCACAAACGAGGUUGAGCUCGAUGUCGAGAAUGCCGACAAGGACCCCGAAACGUUCCUGUCCAACUUCAUGAUGUCCCGCGCAUGGGCUUACCCCGACACCCAGCGUCAGCUCCAGCCGUUCGAGUCAGACGAUGAGGAGGAAGACCGAAAGGCAGACGAGUUCGAGGAAGCAUACAAUUUGAGAUUCGAAGAUCCCGACAAGUCCAAUGAGACAUUGAGAUCGCAUGCUCGAGACACGGCUGCAAAGUAUUCCGUGCGUCGCGAUGAGACCAAUCCGCGGCAACGUAAGCGUGAAGCCGAGAAGGCUGCGAAGGAGGCAGAGAAACAGCAAGUCAAGGAAGAGAAGGCUCGCCUGCGCAAACUUCGUGUAGAUGAGGUUGAAGAAAAAAUUCGCAAGAUCAAGGAUGCCGCCGGCCUUCAUUCCAAAGACCUUCAGCCAGAGGAUUGGCAGCGAUUUGUGGACGAGGACUGGGACGACGACAAGUGGGAGGAGGAAAUGCAGAAGCGCUUUGGUGACGACUACUAUGCCGAUGACGACGCUCUUGUGGAGGAGGAAGGCGAUGAUCAGGCCGGGAGACGGAAGCCCAAGAAGCCGAAAUUCGAUGAUGACCUUGAUAUCAAAGACAUUAUACCAGACUUCGAAGAUGACGACGAACGACCCGAGUUCAGCCUCUCUGAAGAAGACAUCCCGGCGCCGAAGAAGUCCAAGAAGACCAAACAAGACAAGAAAGCAGACGCCAAAAGAGACAGACGUAUUGCUGAGCUGCUGGUGGAUGAUCAGCUCCAGUUGGACCUCGAUCAUGCCCUACCAAAAUCGACCAAGAACAAAAGCGCCUUCAGAUACCGCGAAACGUCACCUAAGAGCUUCGGGUUGAGUGCUACCGAUAUUCUGUUGGCAGACGACUCUCAGCUGAACCAGUUUGCUGGCCUGAAGAAGCUUGCAGCCUUUCGAGAUUCAGAAAGGAAGCGCAAGGAUCAGAAGCACCUAGGCAAGAAGGCUCGACUGCGACAGUGGAGAAAGGAUGUCUUUGGUCGCGAGGAGGGCAUAGCGGUCGAAGACUUGGUACCGUCCAAGAACCAGAUUACAGCCGGUCUGGAUCCGGAGGCAAGUGAUGGAGAAGAUGACGGCGUGAAUAUCAUCAAUGGCGAGAAGAAAAAGAAGAAGAGGAGAAAAUCGAAGAAGCAGAAAGUGUGA